AUUUUAGAAAGUUGGUAUGACCAUUACCAAUAACAGUGUUUAAUUUGUUGUACGGUUGGUAUUGCUGUACAAAGAAGCGUUGUUUAAUGCUAUUUAUUUAUCUAUUUUGUGAUUAUUUUUGUAGAAAAUAAUAACUAACGUGACGGAACGGCGCAGUAAAAUCAAUUACGUGUCAUUUAAGCCUGUCCUUGUCAUUUGUUUGAUAAGAAAUAAUUUCAGUUAAUUGCCCUUAAUUUAUGCAAAAGUUGAAUCCAUUUUGUUUGUGGGGGCUAUUAGUUUGAACGCUCGAACAAAACAGGAUGAGAGAUAAAGACCAGGCAUCCCCUCGUUCGAGUCGUAGCGAGAGUAAAUCUCCAGCUAGUGAUGAUGGCGAGAAGAAACGGAAACGAAGCGUCAGCAACGAAAGUAAAUCUAGUGGUUCGAAAUCACGAUCUAGAUCACGUAGCUAUAGUAUGGAUCGUGAUGACUACAGACUACACAUAGCCGAUAUCGGUGAUCAUGUACGGAGGUCAGAUUUGGAAAAAGUUUUUGCCCCGUUUGGCAACCUUAAAGAGUUAUGGCUGACACAUAGCUCACCAAUUUUUGGUUUUGCCGUUUUUAAAACUAAGGAAAGUUCGAUGGCCGCUUUGAAAGGUGCAGAUGGCGUAAAUGUUGGUGGCAGUCGUAUACGCGUCACACAUGCAAGGCCACGAACAAGAGGACAAGGUCGAAGAUUUUUCCACCCGAAUAUGCGUUGCUAUCAAUGUGGUUACGCUGGUCACUUCUACAGAGACUGUCCCGAUUUGGAUGACAGUAAAGGGCUAAUGGUCUUAUGGGUUAGUUUAUAUGGUUUGGUAACUCGUUAUAAAUGGAUAUUGUCAUUGGUCGUAAUUUCAUGACAAAAUGGCUAAAUUGGUGGUGUAAUCAAAACUGGCCCAUUUGUGUUCAUUACUGGGCUCGUUGUCGGGCACAUAAUGAGUUAAUAUGGUCCUGAUUUAGAGUAUUUUUAGUUACGAUUCUAGAAGCGCAAGAAGAAACUCCAGAAGGGAUCGUGAUCGGGACUAUUAUUCAGAUCGUGACUACGGGAGGAGGCGUCAACGUUCCUCCAGAAGAUAUGACGACUAUGACGGAUAUAGAAGGAGUGGGGGAAGAA